CAAAUUCGCAUCAACGAAAACAUGUUGUGAUGUUAGUAAAUAAUUUGUGGUAGGUGGUGAAAAAAAAUAGUAAUAGCAAAAUAUGGAAGACAAUAAAAAAUGCGCCGACAUUCAGGAUUGCGAAUUAUCUGAGCAAAAAUUCUCAGAAGUGGAGAAUAACCAAGUAAAACGUGAAGCCAAUGAAAUAGAUAACCAUGACAUUAAGAGAUUCAAAAACGAGCAAGACAUAAAAAUAGGAGAUUUAAAAGCCUAUGCUCAAUCUACAGCGUGUGGUAAUGAUUUUUCAGUGGAUGAGAAAAAAAUUAUUUGGUCGGACGCCGUAUCCAAAAAGAAAAUGCGGAAACUUCUCAAGAUACAGAAGUGGGAGGAAGUAAAAAAGGAGAGGAGGGCACAAGAGAAAGAACGUGCGAAAAGGAGAAGAAUGCUGGCAAGAUUAAAUAAUAUAAGUCUAGGACCAUCACGGAGCUUUCUGAAAAAAUGUACAAUGGCAAAUAGUAAAUGCAAAGUUCGUGUUGUCAUAGACCUGUCGUUUGAUGAUCUGAUGUCUGAUUCGGAUAUGAGCAAAUGUGUUAAACAAAUGCUGCAUUGCUACAGUUUAAACAGGAGAGCAGAAAAUCCUAUGCAACUGUACUUCACAAAUUUUAAUGGAAAAGUGGCGCAGGAAAUGGAAAAACACGAUGGCUAUAGAAACUGGGAUAUCUAUUUUCACAGUGACAGUUACACUGAAAUCUUUAAUAAGAGUGAACUAGUGUACCUUACAAGUGAAUCUGAUAACAUAAUUACUGAAUUGGAGGAUGAUAAAGUGUACAUAAUUGGUGGAUUGGUGGACCACAAUGCUCACAAGGGCGUGUGUUACAGAGUGGCUGUGGACCAAAAUAUUAGCCAUGGACAACUUCCUAUUGAAGAGUUCUUGGAAAUGAAGACAAGGAAAGUACUGACAGUCGAUCACGUUUUUGAGAUCCUGCUAGGUGUUAGUAGUGGCAUGAGUUGGAAAGAAGCAUUUUUGAAAGUAUUACCUCCAAGAAAAGGUGCUAAAGAGAAAGAUAUUAAUGAGAUUAACGAUAUGCUCACAGAACCUGACAAAGAUGUUAAAACUGAAGAAGAAAAACAAACUGAUGUGAAAAUACCUAUGGCCACAGAACCUGACAAAAAUAUUAAAACUGAAGGAGAAAACCAAACUGAUGUGAAAAUACCUCAUAAAACUGAAACUAUGGUCACAGAAGCUGACAAGAAUGUUAAAACUGAAGGAGAAAACCACACUGAUGUGAAAAUACCUCUUAAAAUUGAAACUUAUGGAGAAGACCAAGAAGAUGUGAGAAAAACUGACAUAAAUUUUGAAAUAGAUGGAGAAAAACAAACAGAUGUGAAAAGACCUUGUGAAAAUGUUGAAAUGUAUGGAGAAGAUAAACAGAUGGGAAAAAAAACUGACAAAAAUCUUGAAACAGAUGGAGAAAAGCAAGCAAAAGCAAAGCCUGACAGUGUUACUGUAGAAUAAAAUGUACGAUCAGAUAAAAAUCGGUGCAUCCAUUUCCUUUAUUGGAGAAGUAACUAAAAUGUGAACCGCAGAAGAAUUUAUGUACUACUUUGUUUACAUUAUGUUAUUAGAAAAUUUCACCUAAUUUGAGCAUAUUGGCUGUGGAAUUUUGAAACAAUCAUAAUCUCUUAUGAUUUAGUGUUGCAAACCAAAGUUUUGGAUCAUAAUGGAUGAACUACUACAAUGUAUCAGAAUGUAAUGGAUGAACCACUUGUUCACAGUGAGCAAAGAAACUAUGAAAAAUAAGAAAUGUGAUGCUUUAUAAGUGUGUGGAAAAAUCUAGACUGCAAUAUGACUGUUGUAAUAGAGAUGGAUCAAUGCUAACCAAUUAGGACAGACACAGUCCUUCCUCAAAGCUAAAACCACACACACACACACACACACACACACACACACAGAGAGAGAGAGAGAGAGAGAGAGAGAGAGAGAGAGAGAGAGAGG